UUCCAUUGCAGUUUUGAUGACAUACUUUUUUUUGUUGGUAGUUGAGGAAAACAAUUGGAAAAAAUACCUUUAAGCAACAAAAAAAUGGCCGAGGUGCCGUCGCCGCAAAUGACGGAACAACUGAACAACGAGGAGGUGCGGGAGAUUCUGAAAAACACCACAGAUCUGCGACAGUAUUCACGACAGAUUGAAAAAGAGUUUAAGGAGGUGGAGAAUAAGUCCAUAGAAGACUACAUAGCGGAAUCCCAGAAUAUUGCCAACCUGCACAAUCAGAUAAACGAUUGCGACGAUGUCCUGGAGCGUAUGGAAAAUAUGUUGAUGAGCUUCCAGAGCGUUUUGAACAACAUCAGCACUGAGAUCACGCAGCUCCAAAGAAAAUCCGUAUCCAUGUCGCUCCAACUGACCAAUCGUCAAUCGGUCAAGGCUCAGUUAUCCCAGUUUAUCGAGGACAUGGCCGUGUCCGAGGAGAUGAUCAACAUAAUAAUGGAAACGCCGGUUACGGAGCGGGAUUUCAGCACUCAGUUGAAUGUACUGAAUCACAAACUCUCACUGGUCAAGGAGCUCAGCUUCAACGAGUCCAAGUCCACCAGCGAUGUGAGCGAUGUGCUGCAGAAGCUUCGACUCAAAGCCAUGGCCAAGAUUCGCUCCUAUCUGCUGGAGCAGAUUUACAAGUUCCGGAAGCCCAUGACAAACUACCAAAUUCCGCAGAACGCCAUGCUAAAGCACAAAUUCUUCUUCGAGUUCAUCCUGUCCAAUGAGCGGCAUGUGGCGCAGGAAAUAUGCAGCGAAUACAUCGAUACGAUGGGCAAAAUAUACUAUAGCUAUUUUAAGAGUUACUCCACACGCUUGACGAGCCUCAAAUUCGAGGAAUCCUGCACAAAGGAUGAUCUGAUGGGCAUCGAGGAUAAUGCAUCCAAAGGUUUAUUUUCCAAGACAACGAGUCUGAAGCACAAGAGCACCAUUUUCACAAUAGGAAAACGAGGCGAUAUACUUAACCAGCAGCUGGAGGCACCUAUUAUAGUGCCACAUGCGCAGCUCAAGAAUCGAUACACAGUAGAAGCUCUCUUUCGGUCUGAGCAAUACGCCUUAGUAGAUAAUGCCUGUCGGGAAUACCUCUUUGUCACCGAGUUUUUUAUGGUUCGCGGCACCCAAGCGCAAGAUUUGUUCAACCAAAUCAUGGGUAAAACCCUAACUCUGAUGAUUAAAAAUCUGGAGACCUCCAUACACGACUGUUUCGAUACCAUAGCCAUGUUUCUGUGCAUCCAUCUCAUUUUCCGCUAUCAGCUAAUGUGUCACAAGCGUUGUGUUCCCGCAUUGGAUAAAUACUGGGACUCCCUGCAAGCGGUUAUAUGGCCACGUUUAGAACUUGUAUUCCGCUUAAACAUCCAGAGCAUACAUGACUGUGAUCCAACCAAAUUCAACAAGGAAUUGGGACCGCACUACAUAACACGACGCUACGCAGAGUUUAGUGCGGCCAUUGUGGGAAUCUCAGAGCAUUUUCCUAAUGAAUUGGUAAGCCGACUGCUUCUGGAACUGCAAAAUGAAGUCGAGUGCUUUAUUCUUCGCAUGGCCGCAAUAUUUCCAACGCGAAAGGAUCAGCUUAUCUACUUAAUAAACAACUACGAUUUGGUUCUGGGUGUGCUGAUGGAGCACACGCGAGAUAACUCCAAGGAAGCAGAGGCGUUUAGAGAGCAGCUCAACUCCCGCAGUGCAGAAUAUGUUGAAGAGAUACUGGCCCCACAUUUCGGAGGCAUUAUUCAGUUUGUCAAGGAGUGCGAGCACUUUUUCGAGAAGGAACAAAUGGAUGAGCUGCGGAAGCAGGAGCGAAGAAGUCUAGCUUUGGUGGCCAGCUUCUCGGCCAACUGGAAGAAAUCUCUGGAGGAGCUGAACAGAGAGGUGCUUCUCUCAUUUCCUUCUUUGCUGACGGGCUCCCAGCUGCUGCAGCUCGCGUUGGCCAGUUUGGUGCAAUACUACCACCGCUUCCACAAGCUCCUCACGCCCAAUGCCCGCGCCCAGCUGACAAACAUCCACGUAGUGAUGGUGGAGAUCAAAAAGUACAAGAGCAAUUACUGA